UUUUUUUUUUCUGGGCUUUCUCUCCAGCCGAACGCAGCCCCUUCUUCUCUCGGCUGCCAUGAAAAGGGCGAAAACAAAGAAAAGCCCCGAAUGUCCGCCACGAACGGGGCACUGCUGUCUGACAUUCGGUCCGUCCUCAUCUCUCGGUCAGCAUCGCAUCCCGCUAAACACCGCCGCUGUCACACGCAAGCGUGAAAUUCUGACGUGGUGCUCGUGCCACCGUCCCAUUCAGCCGCCUGUCGGGACCCUCCCUUCAGACAGUCGUGCGUAUGAACUGGUAGCGAGACAAGGGCGCCACCGGAGCUGAGGUUCAACGCCAGCGGUCGCUUAUAGGGAGAGAAUCAAUAGGCAGCGCGACCUGGAGAGAUCUCCUGCGGCAAUGCGAAGAUGGCGAGAGUGCUCCACAACUUGCUGUUUUUUCUGAUCAGACUUGCGCUGAAGAUCCGAGUUUGGGGAUACUGGUCGUUAAUCUACGGCUAUUGUGCUCUCUGCACCGCCGCAGCGCUGCUGAAACUUUGCUGGAACAUCGUGCUGAGGCCGACGGCCACCUUCCAAUGGGGGAUCCGCGAAACUCCCCCGGCUUGUCUGAAUGACACGUCCUUGGGAACUCAUUGUUAUGUUAGGAUCAAGGAGUCUGGCCUUCGGUUUCACUACGUUGCUGCUGGGGAGAGAGGAAAACCCCUCAUGCUGUUUUUGCAUGGCUUCCCUGAGUUCUGGUUCUCCUGGCGCUACCAGCUGCGAGAAUUCAAGAGUGAGUUCCGUGUGGUGGCGAUCGACAUGCGUGGCUACGGGGAAUCCGACCUGCCGCUCUCCACUGAGAGCUACCACCUUGACUACCUGGUCACCGACGUGAAAGACAUUGUGGAGUACCUGGGGUACAACAGGUGUUGCCUGGUAGGUCACGACUGGGGCGGAACGAUAGCCUGGCUGUUUGCCAUACACUACCCUGAGAUGGUGACAAAGCUGAUCGUCCUGAACUGCCCCCACCCUUCUGUGUUCACAGACUACGCCCUGCGUCACCCCAGCCAGCUGCUGAAAUCCAGCCAUUUCUUUUUCUUUCAGCUGCCCCGCUUCCCGGAGCUCAUGCUCUCCAUCAAUGAUUUCAAGGCUCUGAAGGCUUUGUUCACCAGUCGAAGCACGGGAAUUGGGAGAAAAGGCCGGUGGCUGACUGCAGAGGACUUGGAAGCCUAUUUGUAUGCACUCUCGCAGCCGGGAGCUCUAACAGGAGCCCUCAACUAUUACAGGAAUGUCUUCAGCUCCCUCCCACUGAGCCACAAUCACGUGAGGUCCCCGGUGUUGCUGCUGUGGGGAGAACGGGACGCCUUCCUGGAGCAGGAGAUGGCCGAGGCUUGCCGCCUUUACAUCAGGAAUCACUUCCGUCUCAACAUCAUUUCUGGGGCCAGCCACUGGCUGCAGCAGGACCAGCCCGACAUCGUCAACACCCUCAUAUGGACCUUCCUGAAGGAGGGAGAGGGGCGCAAAAGCUACAGGAACUAAACCCACAGCAAAGCCUCCGCCCCCUGCACCGUCUCCCUUCCCCUGCCCUCACUGUCCACCCCCCACCCCCCGGAAGCCUUGAAUAUGCCUGUGAUACCAAGCAACAUAGUGAUGAUGCAAUCAUUCUUUAAACUUUUCACAUUUUAGAUAUUUUUUUAAAAGAAGUCAGCAACAAAGGAGAGAAUCGAAGCACACCUCACCAGAGAGGACACUGCAGAACACGCGUUUAAGAUUAUUUUUAGUUUGUUUCUUUUUUUUUUUUUGCACAUAACAGUGACAUCCGCCUUAAAGUCUGUCGGUAACAGCAUUACAAAUGUGUGGCGAAAUCUUUUCUUUGUGACCUGUAUUGUGUGGUGCCUUUUUAACGUUGGAGCUGUUGCGGUGUGAAGAUGUCCCGAGCCGUUGGGGCGUCCCGUUGUCCACUGUACUCGUGUGUUUCUCUGUGCUCGGCUGUAUUUUGGGCACAGUUCCCUGGGAGUCUCGCCUCCCGGGGAUCCGUUUAUCAGGUAGUGUUUGUCAAAAGGACUUUUCUUUUUUGUAAUUAUAUUUAUUUUUUUUCUCUCAGAUAUUUGCUUAAAUGUAGAGAAUGUUAACUUGAUCUUCCUGUAUAGAAAUAUUAGUGAUGGUUGCCUAUCGUACUAUUUUGUAUCUCUUCCUACACACUGCAUUUUGAAACUCACUGAGCCAGGUCGAUACUGUUUGAUUUUAUAAAUAAACCGAAUAAGUGUCAGUCUGUCAAGACUACAAUGCUUCUUCACAUUUUCAGC